UAUCUCUCUAAUUUUCUUCUCUUAUUCACCAACGACACCUUCAAAGGAGAAUAAGGAAAUUAUGUACCCUCAUUGUUUAUAUCCUUGCAAAUAGAUCAAUAGAUGAAGCCGACCAACGACUAAAAUUGGAUUUUUUUUUAUAAAGAAGCCUUUCGUAAAGGCAUUUAAUUAUAAAAGUGAAAAAUGUUGAAGGCAAACGAACGUCAACGAAGAAAUAUGUUUUAGAAUUUAAUUAUGAAUGAUCUUGAUUUCUCCUUUUCUUUUAUUCUUGUUCUACUUUUCCUCUCUGUCUAAUUACACUUUAUAUACUGUAUAUAUAGUAUAUAUUCUGUACUAUAUUAUUUUUACUUUUUCUUAAUAGUUUCACCGAGCAGGGUUACUUUUCACUUUCUCUUUUAUUUUUGAAUCGUACUAUUGCUUUAUGCAGGUGAAAAUAAGUGUUGCGAGCAAAUGCCAUAAACAAGUUUUCGAGACGCUUAUUGAGUUUAGGCUUUAAGAGGGUAUAAAUCUUAUAUAAAUCACUUUUUUUCUUUUUGCAGUUAAACAGCGAUAUUGUAGCAGUAGAAGUGAUUGAUCUUAUAAACAACGGUAACGGCCUGGGAUUUGGAAUAAUGGGCGGAAAAUCAACGGGUGUUGCAGUAAAAAUGAUUAUAGCAGGCGGUGUUGCGGACAACGACGGCCGUUUGAAGAUUGGCGACCAUCUACUUCAUAUUUGCCAAUGGUCAGUUAGGGGAAUGAGCUCAGAGCAGGUAGCUUUUGUUUUGAGGAAGGCGGGAAGUCAUAUCAGGCUGGUAGUUGCUCGAUCAAUAUCAGAGUCCUCAGAAGUUGCUAGGAAUCCUCCAUAUUCAGAAGCUGUUCCAAUUGAGCGUCUAGAAGAACAUUUACAUCAAUUGUACGCACUAGGUUUAACAGAGAGCUUUACAAAUGACUCUCAAGGUUUCCAAACACCCGAAAAGCAAAAGGAAGACUAUGAAAGCCCUAUUAAAGAUUAUACGAACGCUACAUUUCAUAAGGAACUAAAAGAUAAAGAGCAAAUUUUCACGCCUCCGACGUUGCAUAAAACCCAGCAAACAAUCGAGUCUAUGCCUGUAGAAACAGUAUUCGACGUCGACCUAGUUAAAGACGAGUCGGGCUUGGGCAUAAAGAUAGCCGGUCUUGUGGGUUUUUCGGCUAACGAGAAACUCUGCGGAAUAUACGUUAGGCACGUUCUCGAUGGAAGUGCGGCGGCUUUAGAUGGUCGAGUUCAGCCGCAUGAUCGGAUCGUGGAGGUAAAUGGACAGAGCUUAGAAGGUUUUACGAACGCUCAAGCUGUCGAGGUGCUGAAAUCGACUGGAAAAAUGGUUACAAUGAAAUUGGCUAGAUUAAAUAUCAGAGAGGACAGCGAAGGCAAUAAGGAAAAUAGUUCAAAGAGCUUAAACGUUAAUCAGGAUAAAAUUGAUCCAAGAAAAGAUGAUAAUGACAAUCAGCUGCCCAUCGAGGCUAACCCGGAAGAUGAGCUAGUCAGGAAUUGGGAAAAUAGGCUAAAUUGCCCUAAGGGCGAAAUAAUAAUAGCACACGUUUCAAAGUUCAGGGAUGGUGGGGGAUUAGGGGUCGGUCUCGAAGGUACUGUCGAUAUAGAGGACGGCGUAGAAGUCCGACCUCAUCACUAUAUCAGAAGUAUUCUCAAAGAAGGACCCGUCGGCCAAGAUGGUAUAUUAAUGCAAGGAGAUGAACUUCUUCAAGUUAAUGAUGAAAUUUUGUUUGGCAAGAAUUACAAGAACGUCUUAAGCAUACUAAAAAAGCUGCCACUUAACGUUCGAAUAGUCUGCCGCAGGAAAGCAUUUGUGACGUCAGAAAAGCUGUUCAAAGCGAAAUCAGAGGCAUGCCUAGUGAUGGAUCGACAUUACCCAGUUGCUAGGUGGCGUUCUGUUGAACCUCUAACAGCCGUAACAGUUUGGAACAAAGCCGUCACAGAAGUGACUCUACCAAAAACCAAUAAGGGUUUGGGUUUCUCUAUGAUAGAUUAUGAAGAUCCCUUGAAGCCAGGGGAUUGGAUAGUUAUCGUUAGGUCAUUAGUUCCUGGCGGAGUAGCUCAAGCGGACGGAAGAGUUUUACCGGGUGACAGAAUUGUUUCUGUAAACGAUAUCUCCUUGCAAAAUGGCCGUGUCAGUGACGCCGUUAAGGCACUCAAAGAGGCGCCACCUGGUCAAACUAGAAUAGGUUUGAUCAAACCCUUGUCACCAAAUUCACCAGAAAGUUCAAUGGACGAUAUAAGUGAAAAUUACGAACACAUUGAGUUUGGAGAAUUUGUCAAUAUAUGCACAGAUACUUCUUCCAUAAUUUCCAAUGAGGUGGUGGUGAGCGGUAGUACUAAGUCUUUAGAACAAUCUGCCGAGUUUAAUUCACUACUCAGGGAUGCAAAUAAUUCAACUGCAGAACCAUGUCUUUCAUCACAGAGCCCGACCACUCAGGAAAACCAACCUUCAACCCUUCACGCCAGCACAUCGACAACAUCUAUUAAACGCCAAAUAGAUCAGGCCUUAUUCUUUAACGAUCCCAUAAGAAUUACAAUUCACAGAAAGGAUGACGAGUCCCUGGGCUUAAAUAUUGUCGGCGGUAAAAUGGAUAGCGAAAUCUUUCCGAAUGAGCUUAAAUCUGGAAUAUUUGUUAAACAAGUUGCCGAAUGUGGGCCGGCGGCUGGACAACUGAAAAAGGGAGAUCAAAUAUUGGAAGUAGACGGUCAGGAUAUUAGAAAUGCAAGGCACGAACAGGCAGUUGAAGCUAUCAAAUUUGCUAAAUCGCCUAUUACGCUCCUCGUUCGUAGUAUUGGCCAAGGAAAAGAAGAAAAUGAAGGGAAUAAAGAAACGGAUGAUUUAACUGAAUCGUUGGACAAUUUACAAUUUGCUGAUUUCUUCCAAGCGACGCCCUUAGUAAAUUCCGAUUCUUGCCAGGCGUCUAAAUAUGAUGAAAAAAUCGAACUGCAAGAUAUUAAAUCAAAGAUACUUGACGAUUAAACAACUUUUACUAAAAAAAAAAGAGGAAUACUUGAUUGCUUGUUAUAAAAGUAGGUUAAUUGGCUAUCUUUAGCCAAUUUUUUACCUCUCCUUCAUCUUUUCAUCAAGCCUAGAUACCUUUUUUAUCUGAUGUUAAAUUUUCCAAACAACACAAGCAAGUUGGAGAAUUUAAAAAAAAAAUAGACCAAAUUAAUUUAAGGCCUUUAGAAGCGUUAUCUUUUUAAUCAAAAUCAAGUAAGUUUUAAGUACAGGAAAGAAUUUUUAAUGAAAAAUUCUGCAGUACAAAAUCUUUACAAUAAAAGGCAAAAAAAAGAAAGCGCCAUCUAGUGCUAACUCAAGUUUUUAUUAUUUUUUAUGGAAAUAAUCUAUUAGCCAAUUUUUUCCCCUUUAAUCUCUUGGUCUAAUCUAAAUUCGUUUUUUCACAAACAGGAAAUUUCAAGGAAAUUUCGAAUACUCUGCAUAAAAUUUCUCAUUUAAAAGAAUUUUUAUAAAAGUGAGAGAGAGAGAGAGAGAGAGACGAAAAAUGGGAAGAAGAGAAAAGAAAGUAUGGAAGAAUUUUUUUUCUGUCUGCAGAUUCUGUACUAAGGGAAUUUUAGCAAAGAGAAUAUAUGCCACAGAAAAUCCAUUGAUUAACGAUCUGAUAACACGUCCCAUGGUUCUCUAUACGCUCUAUUCUAAAUUGAAUUAAACGAACAGUUAAAAAACAAGAAAAUAGCAACCGAAAAGAAGAUAUAAGAAAAUGGUUCACAUGAUUUUUGUUUUGUUAAGAAAAGAUAUAAAAUAAUAAUAAAAAAAAAGAAUAGAGAAAAAGUUUUGUACAUGCAAAAUAAAUAAAAUACGAAAAGAACGUUGUUUAUCAUAAUUAUGAUAUAAUUUUUUUUGUUAUUAUCGCUCGUGUGACGCGAAUUUAUUAUUAAGAGUUUUUUUUAUAAUUCCUUAUUAUCUUUAUUUCUUUACAUUUUCAAGUGUUUUUCUUUUCCUUCUUUUUCCCACUUAUUCUUCUGCUUCUUCUUCAUAUGCUUUUUACAAUCUAUUUUCUUCCUAUCCCUCUUUUUUCACUUAUUACAUUCUCAUUCUUAUUAUAUAUCUAAUACAAUGUUCCUUUUCUUUUAAUAGAAUAAAAUUUUAUAUUCUUCUUUU